GGGCGACAAGAUGGCGGCCGGAGCCGCGUCCAAUGGCGGCCGCUGUGGCGCCCUCCUCCUCCCGCUGCUGCUGCUGCUGCGGCUGCUGUCGUUGGGAGCCCCCGCCCGGGCCGCCGGCAGGACCCUCGUGCUCCUGGACAACCUCACCCUCAGGGACACGCACUCCCUCUUCUUCCGCAGCCUCACCGACCGAGGAUUCGAUCUAUCCUUCAGGACCGCCGACGAUCCCGGCUUGUCUCUCAUCAAAUACGGCGAAUUCCUGUACGACAACCUCAUCAUCUUCUCCCCUUCCGUGGAAGAUUUUGGCGGGAAUAUCAACGUGGAGACCAUCAGUGCUUUUAUAGAUGGAGGAGGCAGCGUCCUGGUGGCCGCCAGCUCAGACAUUGGUGACCCCCUGCGAGAGCUGGGCAGCGAAUGCGGGAUCGAGUUUGAUGAGGAGAAGACCGCCGUUAUCGACCACCACAACUACGACGUCUCCGACCCCGGUCAGCACACGCUCAUCGUGGCCGAUUCCGAGAACCUCCUAAAGGCCCCGACCAUCGUGGGGAAAACAUCCCUCAAUCCCAUCCUCUUCCGAGGUGUCGGAAGCUGGGGUUUAUGGAGGACUAGGGGGGUGUUUGGAAGUUUUUCUGUAGUAGGGCCCGGGUGUAUCCCCAAGAACAACCCGGCCCCAAGGCCUGGGAAAGUCCGCCUUGGGCGAGAGGAGGCCCUGGACACGGAUUCAGCUCUGGACCGUUUCCAGGAAUACAGCAUCGUGAUCGAGAAGCUCUCCGACGGGGAGUGGGUCCCUUUUGACGGAGAUGACAUCCAGCUGGAGUUUGUUCGGAUCGACCCCUUUGUGAGGACUUUCCUGAAGAAAAAUGGGGGCAAAUACAGCGUCCAGUUCAAGCUCCCCGACGUUUACGGGGUGUUCCAGUUCAAAGUGGACUACAACCGGCUGGGCUACACUCAUCUGUACUCCUCUACUCAGGUAUCUGUUCGCCCCCUCCAGCACACCCAGUACGAGCGCUUCAUCCCCUCGGCCUUCCCCUACUACGCCAGUGCCUUCUCCAUGAUGGUGGGGCUCUUCAUCUUCAGCAUCGUCUUCUUGCACAUGAAGGAGAAGGAGAAAUCUGACUGAGAGCCCCGAGGCUCCGACUUGCCACUGAUUUGGGACAGCUGAGGGGUGGGUGUGUUUUGUAUUUUUUUUUUUUUUUGUAAGUCCAAGGGACCUUGGGAAGGGAGGGAAUUACUGUGGUGGAGAUGCUGUGCUGAUUACCUCUUGGGGAGGAAUCUGGCCCCCUGCCAUCUUCGCUCCCAAAAUAAAAGAUUGAAAUGUCGCCCUCAA